AUGCCUGAUGGCACCGGUAAGAGGCUGUCAGAGUACCUCAUGGACAACAGCCUGGAGAGGCAGACGAGAAGGAGCCCUGGCAAGGGAAAAAGCAAAUGGGACGCUCAUGGUGGCAACAACGGCAACGCAGAUCCAGAUGUGCAGCAGUUGCUGGCCGUUGGACGAGGGAAGCGCCGGCGUUGGCUCGGGGAUCUGGUCCUCAGAAAGAUGGCAGGCUCUUUGACGGCGGAUGCAAUGGAGGCGCUCUUCCAGCCUGUGCCAUUUGGUGAAGUGCGCGUGAGCUGGCUGGAGCAGAUCAGCAGCCCAGAGAACGCGGCGCUCUGGGACAUGUUUCGGAGCAUCGACCCCGACAAGCAGAGCAAGGUCCUGCUGAGGUGGGAGGCGCACAUAAAGGGCGAGAGGGGCGCGGAUGAGGCUGGGCCGGGGGCAGCGCAGCAGGCGUGGCAGCGGUGGGCGGCAGUCAGCCGCAAGGCACGCACCUCCCUCAAACGGGUCAGCCCCGAGCUUGUCGCCGUCAUGGAGCUCAGCUUCCUGCACUUUCUGGAGGAGGCACGCCUCUGCACCCCCUGUUCCCCGGAACCUGAAGAUGAGACUCAGCUGGAGCUGCCCCUGGAGGAGGGCUUCCAGAGGCUCAUCGCCCAUGGACUGGCGGCAUUCCAUGGGCUGACGUCCAUCAGCCGCUCGAGUGAGGCCGGCCGCGCAGUGAUGGUGUGCAAGCCAAAGAGCGGCGCAGCUACUGCGGUGCCCCAGAUCACCUGCACAGAUAUUCUAUUUGCGCUGGAGGACAUGCCCUCAGGGGGCCUGACGGCAGCGCUGCUGGGCGAGUUUGCCGCCACCCAUGACCGCUCCUGUUCCGAGGCCUCCUUUGUGAUUGUGUGA